AUGGCCCGCCAGUGGAUCUUAAACAGCCAGAAUGGCUUCGAAAACUCCCUUGAGUACCGAAAGGAUAUCCGAAUUCCAUCUUCAAGUGAUCUCGGUCCCAAAGAUGUCUUGGUAAAAAUGCUCGCCGCUAGCUUGAACUACCGUGACCUGAUGAUUGCAACUCCAGGGACAAUCGCAGGCCCCAUUCAGCCACCCUUGAUACCUGGAUGUGAUGGUGCCGGGAUAGUCGAGGCCAUCGGCUCGUCUGUUCAGGAUUUUCGUCCCGGUGACAGGGUGGUUACCUACCUAGCUCCAAAGCUAGUUGAAUCAAGCGGUAACGACGCGGUUCCCACUGCCGCUGAUACUUUCGCCAUGUUGGGAUGCGGUAUAUCUGGGACUCUGAGAUCACAUGCUGUUUUCCCAGAAGCUGCACUAGUCCCUGCUCCGAGAUCUCUCGACUGGUUGCCCGCUUCAACACUGACCUGUACGUGGACAACGGCCUGGAAUGCUCUAUUCGGGCUCAAGGGAAAACAAGUCAGCCCGGGCUCUUGGGUCCUUGUUCAAGGCACGGGCGGCGUCAGUAUUGCAGCUCUACAACUAGCCGUUGCUGCUGGGGCCAACGUUGUGGCAACGACAUCUACAGCCGAUAAAUCGGCAAGACUAGUUGCUCUAGGUGCUGCGCAUACCAUUAACUACGUCUCAAACCCAACGUCUUGGGGUACAGAGGCUCGGAAGCAUACGCCAGGAGGUAGGGGCUUCGACAUCAUUAUUGACGUGGGAGGGGAUGAGACCUUGCCGCAAUCUCUGGCCGCCGCGCGGGCUGACGGUCUUCUCAUGGUUAUUGGAGGCGUAGGAGACUCGAAAGCUGAGCCGGUCCCGUUGUUGGCGGCUCUAAUCCAUACUUGCAUCGUCAGGGGAAUCCUUGGUGGGACUCGGACACAGUUCUAUGACCUUGUGAAGUUUAUAGAUGAGAAGGACAUUAAGCCUACUGUAGAUGAGGCUGUGUUCGAGCUUGCCGAGGCUAAGGAUGCUUAUCGACGCUUGAGCGAAAAGAAACACUUCUCUAAGGUUGUGAUACGGAUUGAUCACUAG